CCGGCGUGAGCGUACUUUCUAUUCUGGGAUCUUUGGAGGAAGAGAAACUCGCCACAACUUUUUUUUUAAGGAGGAAUUAAAGAAGAACUUCUGUCAAGAUGUCUGGAGAACCUGCUGAGUUCGGGGCUGAGGCUGAGGAAAUGAAGCAGACGGGAGACGAAACAGACGCUAAGCCUGACCGCAAAGCCAGGUUUCUGCUGUUUGGGAGUAAGAAGAAUAAGGAUGGCCAGACGCGGGAGCAGGACUACUCUUCUGAAAGCCAUUACAGAAUUGUUUCACCAACAUUCCAGUAUAAGAUGAGCUACCAGCGAGUGGGGAAGUGCAUCAUCAUCAACAACAAAAACUUUGAUGAAAAGACAGGGAUGAAUGUACGAAACGGCACGGACCGAGACGCCGGGGAGCUGUUCAAGUGCUUCAAGAGCCUGGGCUUCGACGUUUACAUCUACAACGACCAGACGUGCGAGAAGAUGGAGCGUCUCCUCAGAGAGGCCUCGGAGGAAGACCAUAGUGACAGCUCGUGUUUCGCCUGUAUCCUGCUAAGCCACGGCGAGGAGGGCAUGAUCUACGGCACGGACGGCGCCAUGCCCAUCAAGACCAUGACCUCGCUGUUCAGGGGGGACAUGUGCAAAAGCUUGGUGGGGAAGCCGAAGCUCUUCUUCAUCCAGGCUUGUCGGGGUUCUGAAUUUGAUGAUGGUAUACAGACCGAUUCGGGGCCGCCGAACGACACCCUGGAGACCGACGCAAACCCCAGACAUAAGAUCCCUGUGGAGGCUGACUUCCUGUUUGCCUACUCCACCGUGCCAGGGUAUUACUCUUGGAGGAACCCCGGCCGCGGCUCCUGGUUCGUCCAGGCGCUCUGCAACGUCCUCAACGAGUUCGGCAAGCAGCUGGAGAUCAUGCAGAUCCUGACGCGGGUCAACUACAUGGUGGCCACCAGCUUCGAGUCCUGGUCCGAGGACCCGCGCUUCAGCGAGAAGAAGCAGAUCCCCUGCGUCGUCUCCAUGCUGACCAAAGAACUGUACUUCAACUGACCGCGGACCGAGUGACUGACUGACGACACCGACUUGACCGACGGCUUCAGGUACCGACGGAGCGGUCAGAGCAUUCAGGGAUGAUUCAGGCCCGGCGCGACACGCUGCACUCGUCACACCUCGGAUGGGUCUGCGUGUCUGGUUGGGCCUGAAAACCAGCACUCCAUAUGUAAAGUUAAUUAAAAAAAAAAAAGAAACAAAAAACAAAAGAAAAAAAAAAACAAGAAAGCAAAAGAAAAAACAAACUAACAGUAGUACUCUGCGUUCACGUGUUGAUGGUGAAACUUCCUUCUCUUCUUCAGGUUCUUCCUACUUUUCAGAAUAGUGGCGUCACAUUUGAUCUGAUCUUUGUCGACAGGCGUCGUCAAAUAUCUAUGUUUUUCCGCCAACCCAGAAGAUUUGCUGCCAGUUUUUGUGGGUUCGGCGGAAUCAUAUCUGAGUCAAUGGUCUCUCCAUUUUCCAGCAUUUGAAGUCAGUGUUGAAAUCAGGCCGGUGCCCUGAAAGUACAUGAAAACACGGAAGCGGCAAAAGCUGACGUGACAUUUAUUAAUUAAUAGUUUUGCCAGGAAUUUAUAUUAAACUGUCCAAUUAGUGUUUGGAAAAAAUUAGGAUUAAGAAAAAGGGAAUAAUAAUGUUAAGUAUUUUAGUAAAAAUGCACUUUAGAGCAAAAUUUGUAAAUUGUGUCGGUGUGGCAUCGAGAAAACAGCUGAUCUUCAAAACCACGAGGGUAAUCAGACGGAUGUUUCAUAGAUGUCCUCUGGAAAAGCGCCUGGAAAAUGACUCGGAUCAUUCUCAGCUAUUUACGUUUCACGUUUUCAGCCGUCAGCUCUUUGGAAAGAAAGGAGAAAAGCAAAAAAUAAAAAAAAAACAAAGAGAGAGAGAGACGACACUCCUCUGAGCAGAACGCCGUCGCCACGCUCCGGCCUAAAGGCUCAGCGUCUCAGCCUUCCCAGCGAGUUCAAGUUGGUCGCAGCACGCCGACAUCCUCAGGUUCUUUCACGUCCCACGAAGCGGGUAAACGUCUCCGUAGUGGCUGGGAAGGCUUGAUCCCUUGCUGUGUAGUGAUUAGCACAUUGAGAUCACGGGUCAAGCGCAUCAUAUUUAGCCCCCCGCCGUUAAAACGAAGGGCUGUUUGCAGUCUGUGCAUAGAAAAUACAGUAUUUCACCAAUCAGGGCCGAACCAGUCAGAUUUAUGUAUUUCCCUAUUUUAUCUUUUGUUGCCGAGUGGAGGAAUACACGCCGUAUCGUUUCACAUGGGGCAGCUCCAGAAGAUCUGAAACUGUGCGAUAAAUGUGGGAAAUGUCAUAGAGUGAAGCUCGGCUGCGGCCCGCAGCACACAACGCCACUUCAUUUCGCUGUAUAUUAGUGUUGUACAUCGUCUGAAAAACACACAACCGUGUUUUUAAACUGCUCCCACACGGCGCUUUAUCAUUUUAGUUGAAAAAUUGCUUUAAAAUGAUUUGAUAAUCCAAAUUAUUCCAAAGAAUUCUAUACACAUUCUAUUUUUUUUUUAAGCACCUUGUUGAAAAAUAAAACGCACGAUUUCCACAAUUAGUUUUUUUUUUUAAAUAAUUUUGCUAUUUGGUAAAAACCAAAAGCUUUAUUUUUCCUACCUAUAUUUAAAAAUGCCAUUUUUGCUGAUGGCUAUUAGACGUUACCUCCGUCUGCUGAUACACUGUGUCGUCGUUCUCCAAGUCUGUCAUUCACAGAGGCAGCUAUAACUGGCAGUGACAAGUCUGAACAUUCACAAUUCACAUGUCCACAAUACGCACUCUCACUGUCCCUGCAAUGUUUUUACAUGAUUCACUCCUUUUUCUUUUCUUUUUUUUUUUUUUUUUCUGCAUUUGUCAGUAAUUUCCUUAUUUAUUUUUUUUUCCCGGGGGGGAAAGUUGAACUGUAGCUUUCAUCCGUUACGAUUCUUUCCCCUUUCUCACACUUUGUAUUUAUCUAUCAGUCAUUUUUUAAUUAUUUCAAUCACUUUUCCACGACGAAGACGGUAAUCCGAAGGUUUGCAGGAGUGUGAAUCCGCCACGGCUCCUGAGUCCUCUCGACACAAGGAUCUGUGAUCAGUGAUGUGGUGCCCGACCUGUGUUGUUUUGGAAUGGAAUUGAAGGAGGGAAUUUAUUUUUUAUUGGGGAACAUUUAAAAAAAAAAAGAAGAAGCAAGUUUAAAAUGCUUUAUGGUGUUAGAUGCUGUUGUCCUCAGGAAUAAUUUUUGAGAAGAUUUGGAAAAAUGUAUGAAUGGAUUUUAAUACUGAGUAUAAUCUGGCCUUUUAUCUUUUUUUAACUGGGGCAAAUUCUUGUUCAAGACAGUAUAAUGCUGAAGUAAACAUUUUAUUGUAUCAAACAUAAAGAAUUUAUUGUGUA